AUGAGGAGCCUCUGCUCUUUGCCUUACCUCCUCUUGCUGCCACUGAGUGCCUGCUUUCCCCUGCUGGACAGAAUGGGACCCACAGACGUCGGUGACGUCGGAGCCAAGAUGAGCAGGGUCCACCUGGCUGAGGGACACAGAGCCCACUCAGUGCGAGGUCUUUCCCCGUGGCCGAGAGUACCACAGCCACAGGCCUUGCUUGUGGUGGCCAAGGAACUGCAGGCCUCGCGCAGGGCACACACCGGCUUCCGCCUAGGGAGGCAGGAUGGCGGCAGCCAGGCCGCAGGGUUCCUGCCCACUGACUCAGAGAAGGCCAGCGGCCCCCUAGGCACCUUGGCAGAGGAGCUCAGCAGCUAUAGCAGGAGGAAGGGAGGCUUCAGCUUUCGCUUUGGCCGGUGA